GGUUUCUACCACGCAUCCCUUUUCACUUUCGUCAAAUCGCGACAGCAUCACAAGUCGCAGUAUAAUUGACUCGGUUCUUUGUAACUGUCAUAUCUAUUUCACCACUCUGGCGUCUUUGAUACAAAUUUGAUCAUGUCGAAAAAUGUGCCAGUCGAGUCUGGCGAUCUGGGCAGUGGCGAUGAUGUCCCUGCGACAAUUGCUCCACCUCCUCGACCAUUCUCCCCAAUAGAUACUACAUAUCAAGGCGCGUCUGAUGCUGAAACGGGCACUGCUAUAUUUGCUCCAGAUCGAGCUGAUGAAAAUCUUACUCGGCAGUUGAGAGGCCCAGAGCUAUCCAACAUUGUUUCUUGGGAGAGCGAUACUGAUCCAUUGAAUCCUAUGAAUUGGUCUAAUACUAAGCGAUGGGCUAAUACGGGAGUUAUCUCUGUUAUGACUUUCUCCACUCCUCUUGCAUCCACCAUGUUUGCUCCUGGAGUUCCUCUCGUGAUGGAAGAAUUCCAGUCUACGGAUAUGAUUUUACAAACUCUAGUCGUUUCAAUCUUUGUCCUUGGUUUUGCCGCCGGUCCCAUCAUUGCUGCGCCGAUGUCAGAAUUGUAUGGCCGGAAACCAGUUUAUCUGACUGCUAAUUUCUUGUUCUUGAUGUUCACACUUGGCUGCGGGUUGUCAACUGAUCUCAACAUGCUUAUUGUCUUUCGAUUCUUGGCAGGAUGUGCUGGAGGAACACCCACUGCACUCGGCGGUGCGAGUAUCGGCGAUAUGUUCCAUCGAGACCAACGCGGGCUGGCAAUGGCUCUUUGGGGAAUGGGACCUUUGAUGGGACCAAUUGUCGGACCAAUCGUAGGAGGUGUACUUGCGGCAAAUGCUGGAUGGCGUUGGGCUUUUUGGUUGGAAGCUAUUAUUGCCUGUGUGACGUUGAUUGGAGGAUUUUUUCUCUUGCAAGAAACCUAUCCGGUUGUGAUUCUAGAGAGAAAGACGAAACGAAUUAUCAAGGAAACAGGAAAUACGGCGAAAGUAUCGGCGCUUCAUCAUACGGAUACGCCAAUGGUACAUUUCACCAAUGCUAUAGUUCGACCUUUGAAGACGUUAUUUCGUUCCCCAAUCGUUUUUCUUCUCUCGGUAUACUAUGCCGUUCUUUUCGGGUACUUGUAUCUGUUCAUCACGACAUUCCCAUUCACCUUUUCCAAUCAAUAUCAUUUUUCGCUUUCGCUUACUGGGCUUGCAUACUUGGGUCUCGGAUGUGGUAUUGCCAUUGGACUGUUCAUAUCUGGAAAGGUAUCCGAUCCGAUUUUCAAACGGUUAACGGAAAAGAAUGGCGGGAUUGCAGAACCGGAAUAUCGGUUACCUGCGCUGAUGCUUACGAGUCCGCUCAUUGCGAUAGCGCUUUUUGUUUAUGGAUGGACGGCGGAAAAGAAAAUCCAUUGGAUUGUUCCGAUUGUUGGAACGAGUUUCUUUGGGAUUGGUAUGAUUCCUGCCUUUCUUUCAAUAAAUAUGUACCUAGUCGAUAGUUUCCCUACAUAUGCAGCAUCGGCAAUCGCAGCAACGAAAGUUUUCCAAUCUAUCGGUGGCGCUUUCUUGCCUUUAGCAGGCCAGCCUUUAUACUCGACUUUGGGAUUGGGUUGGGGUAAUAGUGUAUUGGGAUUUAUAGCGCUGGCUUUCUUUCCGGUGCCGAUAUUGUUUUUUAGAUAUGGUGCUUGGUUAAGGGAGAGGGGGGUGGUGAAACUUUGAUAGGGUGGUGCGCGGUGCGUGUAGAAACUCUAGAGGAAGAUGGUUGGAGGAGAUGGGGAGGAGUUUGUAUGGUGGUGUGUGCAAGUUAGAAGAAAUGAGAUGAGAUGAGAUGAGAUGAGGAUAUAGUGGAAAUAGGAAUGGGAAACGGUGUAAUUUUAUCAAAAGAUACCUUGAAUUAGUUUAAUAUAUAUAUAUAUAUAUAUAUGUGUGUGUGUGUGUGUGUGUAUAUAGAUUCAAAACUGGCAGUAGAUGGAUUUGAGGAAGAGAGAUAUUUGGUACUUGAUACCUAGUAAUUAUCAUACCUCUAA